GGAGUUUCUGCGUUAGGGCUCAAGGGAUCCUGUCCCAUUUUCUCAAACACUGCAGCCCUGAACCUCUCCGUCGACAGACUGUACAGCUCGGAGACGCAGAGGACGAACCAGAAAGUGGUGGUAGUUGGGAUACCAAACCCGUUCUUUUGGUGCCGAACCCGCGUCUACUAUUUCUUAAUCUGGGCAUAUUUCGAUCAGGAGUUUAAUAUCGACGACUUCACGUGUGGUUUUUUUUUAUGUAUUUAUUUAAUUACACCUUUAGUUUACUCUCGAGGCAUUGACUCACCAGCAGGCCUGGCAGCUGACAUGAGUGACAUCAUGUACACUACUCCAGGGGACGUGGGCAUUUACUAUGACGAGAACGGGUGGAAGUUCGUCAGUAUCCUCAUGCGUUUCUGGUACCUGACCAGCGCCCGGCUCCCAGAGGAGACCCCCGAGGGUACCAAGGUGUUCCAGGUGGUGUUCGGAGAGGAGGAGGGGGGCGAGGAGACCAAGAGGCUGCUCACAGCCAAUUACGAGUUUCAAAGGGAGUUUACCAAGGGGGUGUUGCCAGACUGGACGAUCACACGAAUCGAGCACUCCAAGCUGCUGGACUGACCAGCACAGGAGCCUGUCCCCUCUGCCUGGGACGACUCGCUGCCCCCACCAGGUCUUUAACGGUUGAAUUGAACCAAGGUGUUCAGUUGAGUCGUUGAGGUCUGAGUUUGGAAUGGACUGGAAGUGCCACAGGUAAGUUCCACUGCUUUGCACUUCCAUCACAUUGGUGCUGGUUCACUCUUCUACAACUCUGCUUUGUAUUGAACUGGAGUUUAUUACAAUGUAAUCAAGUUCGGACUGGAUGAUGUCGGUGAGAGUUUUAAGCGCCAGAAAGGAAUAAGUGAAAACUGGUCAGUAUCCACCAGGGAUGUGCAAAAUAAAUCAAAUACAACCUUCCCUUUAACCCUACAUUAUAUUUAUACUUUCUAAUGGUGCAUACGGCCUCCAGCUGGCUUCAUCUUGUAAGUGCAAUUUAAGAGCAGGGGUAGCCAACCUUGGCUAUUCCUCUCUGGUCCAAUGCAGGACUUUGUUCCAGCCAGGUCCUUAAUUAUGCAAUUGACUCUGCUGCUGCUGAUUAUUAAUGAAAGUUAGAGAAAGUCAAAUUAUGAUUUAACUGCACAUGCCUAGUCCAGUAUUAUACACAGUCUAUUUUAUUGUUGCAUAAUGCAGUGCAAGUAAACCUUUUCUCCUGCACGACAAGCAUUCCUGUUGCUAGAACCCCAAGGACCAGUGUCAAAAGCUGUACUAGCACACAUUUGUAAUGCUAAAUGGAAACAAUGACUGGAUAUAUGGAAAUAUCUACAUUAAUGUGAACCAGUGCCAGGUGUGAAGGUAAUAAUUCAAUACAUUGCAUCAGGGUUGGGACUAGAGAUGUGCUGAUUUGAGAAACAGUGUAUUUCCAUAUAAUGUUAUGCCUCAUGAUAUUCGGGUUCAGACAGCAAGUAACACCUCAAAGAGGAGUAUGUUUAGCAGGAAGGUCAUGCAAAUCUCUGGGUGCAGCCAGCAAAAAAAAAAAAAAAAAAAUCAAAA